AUGUCAAAGAGGUUCAGCAAGAAAAAUGCCCAAAAGUAUGUGGUAGUCCACAGACCUCAUGAUGAUCCACACUUCUACGACGAAGAUGCCUCUGCUCAUGUUUUAGUUUCUGUAUCUAAUCCGAAUGAUGGUCAUAAGCAACAGCAGCAACUACAACAACAACAAGGACAGUAUAUUCCCAAAUUAACUACUACGAAGACUAAAGAAGAUCUCAAGUUAGAGAACAAAAACGUUGGUGAAGCUGCGUUAUAUGGUAUCAAUUUUGACGAUUCUAAAUAUGAUUAUACUCAACAUUUGAAACCAAUCGGUACUGAUCCCAACGCGGUUUUUGUCCCAGCUAAAUCGAGUACUGUGGAUAAGAACGAGAAGAAGAAGGAUAUCGAGGAUUUGUUUGUGGAACCAGAAUAUAAAGACACUAAGAAUGCUCCUGUUACUUCUGUUUUCCAAAGAGGUGUUGCUAAGCCGGAUUAUUUGUUGCAUCAACAAGAGGUCACCGAGGAUAUUGCCGGGUUUAAACCUGAUAUGAACCCAGCUUUGAGAGAAGUCUUGGAAGCGUUAGAGGAUGAAGCUUAUGUGGUUAAUGAUGAUGUUGAAGUGGUUAAAUCUAAGAAGAAUAAGAAAGUGGUGGAACCAGAAGAAGAGCUUGAAGAAGAUGAUGUAUUUGCACAAUUGUUAGGUAGUGGUGAAGUCAAAGAUGAUGAAGAGUUUGAAGAUGGAUUUGAUGAAUGGGAUAUGGAUGAAAUAGAUAACUAUGAGGAUGAACACUACCGUAAGGAGAUGUCUCAAUUUGAUAAUAUUGAGAAUCUAGAAGAUUUACAAGAUAUUGAUUACCAAGCUGAUGUUAUUAGAUUCCAAAAGGAAAAGUCGAAAUAUAAUGAAUAUGAUUCUGAUGAAGGAUUAGCCAAUGAAAGUGUGGCACCAUCUGACUUCCAAGACGAAGAAGAAGAAGAAGAAAAUGACGUGUUAGGAGAUCUUCCGAAUAUCACAGCAAAAAACGCGAAGAAAGGUGGUAAGAAGAGAAAAGAUCGUCGUAAGAAGGGUGCGAUGUCUGAUAUAUCUGGGUUUUCAAUGAGUUCUAGUGCCAUCGCUCGUACAGAAACGAUGACUGUUCUUGAUGAUCAAUUCGAUAAUGUGAUUGGUAGUUAUGAAAAUUACGAAGACGAAAUUGAGGAGGAUGAAGAAAAUUAUAAACCAUUUGACAUGAAGGCAGAGCGUUCAGAUUUCGAGUCUAUGUUAGAUGAUUUCCUUGACAAUUAUGAAUUGGAAAGUGGUGGACGUAAACUGGCUAAGAAGGAUGAAGAGAUUGACAGAUUGAAGAAGGCUGCGGACGAGGUAAGUAAAGGUAAAUUAUCUCAGAGGAGAAACCGUGAACGUGAAGAACAAGAGGCCCAAAAGGCAAAGAAUACUAGUUUGCACAAAGUUACCAACAGUCUAAGCAGUUUGCACUUUUGA